AUGCCACGUGUUUCAUAUAUCUUGUUAUGAGAGAAGCCUUAUACAUGCACUAGUCAUAAGCUUUAGAUUCCUUUAACAGUUUUAGGCUGAAACCUGAACAGGAAAGAUAUGAAAGAUGCCAUAUUUACUGCAAAAACAAGCAUUGUAUAUAAUGAUGUUGGCUUUGAUGGGUGGUGUAAUUUUGGGGCUUGUAGCCUGGUCUUCUUGGACUAGCGCUCACCAUGGCAUCAUUAAGACACCAGAAGCUCACUACGAUUAUAUAAUAGUGGGAGGAGGUACAGCUGGCUGUGUCCUGGCUGCCCGACUGAGUGCUAACCCUCGCCAUAAUGUUCUUCUGGUUGAGGCAGGUGAACAUUUCAGUUGGCUGAGUUCAGUUCCUCUUGCCACACCAAUGUUACAGGGUUCUGCCCAAGACUGGGCCUAUCGCACCAAGCCUCAAGUUCACUCUUCCUGGGGACUCAAUAACCAGAGCUCGGCAUGUCCACGUGGUCGUGGACUAGGAGGCAGUGGGAAGAUGAACUACAUGCUGCAUAACAUAGGAAGCGAGGAAGACUUUGUUCGUUGGGAGGGCAGUGGAGCCAUUGGAUGGGGGCUCAGACAGUUACAGCCCUAUAUAUCAAAAAUGUUAGGCACAGAGCAUAAAUGCAUUAAACAGAAGCCAUACUGCCUCAGAAGCUAUCAGAACCUCCUCAUGUCUGCAGCUGGCCUGUACACUACACACUCUGCUCAUCUGAAGAGUCACAGGAGUUUUGUAAGAGUUAAGGCUAGUGUUCAGCCUCUGAUGCAUAUUUCUCAUGUGGAUGUUGGUAACUCUGUGCUGGGAAAAGUAUUCAUAGAGGCUGGUCAUGAGCUAGCAGUGACAUUCAAGAACCUCAGUUUCUCUACAGCUCACAGCACAGUGUUCAAAGGUCGGCGCUGGAGCAGUCUGGAUGGGUAUCUUCGCCCUGCACUAGGACGUCGCAAUUUACAUGUGCUGCUCAAGACACAGGUUACUAGGGUGGUGACUGAUAAUGGGAGAGUAGUGCAAGGAGUGGAACUGCGGAGUUCAGGUGACUUCACAAAAUUUGUAAGGAGUCGUCAAGAAGUUAUGCUAAGUGCUGGUACCAUUAAUACACCUCACAUUCUACUGCAGUCAGGAGUUGGACCACGGGCUCAUCUCCAGAAGCAUGGGGUGAGCCUCAGUGCCACAGCCUUGUCCAUUCCAGGGCUGUAG